AUGUCCAUCGAAAAUCUUAAGACCUUUGACCCCUUCGCCGAAGCCGACGAAGAUACAGGCGAGACUAAGCAGUCACAGAAUUACAUACAUAUACGUAUUCAACAGCGUAAUGGACGUAAAACUUUGACCACUGUACAGGGUCUCCCGAAGAAGUUUGACCAGAGGAAGAUACUCAAGGUCAUCAAGAAGAAGUUUGGUGCGUACAAGUCCCCUUGCGAUCCGCUUUUUUUGGGCCGCCCAUUCGUAGCGAUCCUGGACUCGGACAUGCUUACUAACAGCGCCCUUCCAGCCUGCAAUGGCACUAUCGUCAACGACACGGAAAUGGGCGAGGUGAUCCAGCUCCAGGGUGACCAGCGCAAAGAUGUUCAAGAAUUCCUCAUCGACAAGAAGGAAGGCCUUGAGCUAGAUGCCAAGACCAUCAAAGUCCACGGUUUCUAA